UCAUUUCUUUCCCUUCUUUUUUUUUUCUCUUUAUUCAUUAUAAUAUUAUACACAUCAUGCCUUAUACUCUUCUUGCUCUUGAAAACCCCUUAUUAGAUAUUCAAGCCAACGUUUCAGAUGAAUUCUUGGCCAAGUACAAACUCAAGUCUAACGAUGCUAUCUUGGCUGCUGAAGAACACCAACCUUUGUACAAGGAAUUAGUCGAUACCUACAAAGUUGUCUAUGUUGCUGGUGGUGCUGCUCAAAAUACUGCUCGCGGUGCUCAAUACAUCAUGCCUCCUAACAGUACUGUUUAUAUGGGUGCUGUGUCCAAUGAUGAUUAUGCUAAAACUAUCAAGGAUGCUGCUGAAGCUGAUGGUCUCAAGACCAACUAUCAAAUUGUUACCUCUGCUCCUACUGGUACUUGUGCUGCUUUGAUUACUGGUCACGAUCGAUCCCUUGUUACUAACUUGGGUGCUGCCGAUUUGUUCACCUUUGAAUUCUUGCAACAACCUGAAAAUUGGAAGUUGGUGGAAGAAGCUUCUUACUAUUACGUUGGUGGAUUCUUCUUGACUCACGAAGGUGGUUUCAAGUCUGCUACUGCCAUUUCCGAAUAUGCAUCCAAGAAUAACAAACCCUUUGCAUUGAACUUGAGUGCUCCCUUCUUGUCACAAUUCUUCAAGGAACGUCUCGAUACCAUUAUCAAGAACACUGAUAUCUUAUGUGGUAAUGAAGAUGAAGCUCGUACUUAUGCCAAGCAAGCUGGUUUUGAAGAAACUCAUGAUGUUCAAGUCAUUGCUAGCAAGUUAUCACAACUCCCUAAGGGUAAUGAUCGUCCCCGUAUUGUCGUCAUCACUCAAGGUUCCGAUGCUACUAUUGUGGCUGUUGGUGAUAAGGUGGAUAGUUACCCCGUCAACAAGGUGGAAAGCAAAGAUAUUGUCGAUACCAAUGGUGCUGGUGAUGCCUUCUGUGGUGGUUUCCUUGGUUUGUAUGCUCAAGGUGUAACUGAUUUGAAACGAUGUGUUCAAGCUGGUCACUAUGUUGCUGGUCUUGUUAUCAAGCAAGUUGGUCCCACUUAUCCUCAAGGUGCUGCUAAGGGUACUCUUCCUACUUUUUAAAUCAUUUAAUAUAGUUUAGAUUCUUUUUUUUUUUAUAUUUAUUUUAGAAUCAUUACCAUUUUGUCAUAGUUUGCUUUUUUGUGGUUUUAGUAAUGUAUGUGUAUAUGUUGUCUUUUUGUAUACGUUUUCAUCAAUUAAAAAAAAAGAAUAUUUCAUCAUCGCGAAAUAGUCAGUCAUUAAAAAAAAAAAAAAGGAUG